CACGUGAUCGCUGACAAUAUACUCGGGAUCGAUGAGUUCGAAAGGAUGUUAACAAAGAAAGAGCCAUUGGACGAGUGCAAUGCCGCGGCACUGGCUUUAAAAGCAAAUCUUAACGAAUCAGUCGACCCGUGCGACGACUUCUACUCCUACGCAUGUGGGGGUUGGGAGGCCUCGCAUACCAUACCUGACGAUAGGCUUAAUGUCAACAACUAUAACAUACUCGACGACAAUAUAUCGGAGUUUUUUAGGGAAUCGUUGACUCAAACGCCGUUUAAGAGCGAUUCAAAUGCCGUCACCUAUGCCUCGGACUUCUUCAAGGCAUGUAUUGAUGAAGAAACACGUGAUGCCCGUGGUAUGACCACGGUCAUUGAGGCACUGGAUUCAUCAGGGGGUUGGCCUAUACUUGGCCGAUGGGGUGCCAAUCGUGACAAACAAUUUGAGUGGAAAGACUCAUUAUUAAACGGAAACAAGACUUUGGGUGAGGAUAUUGCUGACAAUGGAGGGCUACGGGAGUCGUACCGCGCGUUUCAAACACACGUCCAGACAUACGGAGAACCGCCACGACUGCCACACGUCUCACAAUAUUCACCGCAACAGCUAUUUUUCCUAUCGUUCGCGUCCGUACGUAGUUAGGUGCAAUUUGAUAAAACAAAAUUACAUUGAAACUCAAAUAAUAAAUGAUUCGCACAGUCCCAAUAAAUACAGGGUUAAUGUACCAGUGUCAAAUUUUGUUGAAUUUUCAAAUGCUUUUAAGUGUGGAC